GGUGAGGCCGAGGUCCCAUCGGUGGCCGUCACCAAGUCUCCCAAAGGAUCCGGCCUGGAGGGAUUGGAGAUCGAGCCCGACUCCUACGACGUCCCCGUGGACCUCUCCUCCGACGAGGAGUACCUGAGCGUGGAGGAGGCCGACCCCUCGCGAGCCGCCCGCAUCAAGAAGUCCAUGGCGAAGGGCACCGAGAGCCUGAAGGCCGCCUUCUCCAAGGAGAACAUGGCCAAAACCAAAGACAACCUGGGCACCAAGUUCCACAACCUGGGCGAGAAGGUGAUGCCGCCGGAGCGCCGGGACAAGAUGCACCAAGCCGGCGAGCGGCUGAAGCAGUCCGGCGAGCGGCUGAAGGAGAACAUCGCCAAGAAGGCUCCGAACAAAGAGACCUUCCGCAUCAAGCUGAAGAAGGAGAGAGCCGUCGGCGAGGGCCAGGAGGGCGCCGAGGCCGAGGCCGACGCCGACGCCGAGCUCCACAUCCGGGCCCCGAGCGCCGAGAAGCCUGUCGCCUACACCGAGGUCGCCAUGGAAACCAAGAGGGAGGGACCCGUGGAGGAGGCUGGCGCCACCCGGAUAGGGGAGGAGGAUUACAGGAAGUAGAUCAGACGUCAGAUCAGACAUGAAGAAGAGGCGGGAAACCGGAGGAAGCUCGUAAUGUCGAGGGUGUAGAGAAGAAGGUCUGUGAUUGGUCGACAUCGAUGACGGACAUUUUUAUUUGUGUUUUUAAAAGGAAAAGGUUCGUAAGACGGCAAUCAGUACUGACCCCAAAGACCCUUCAGAAUAAAAACUGGUUAUUUAUGAAAUUCAUUGCAGGGUGGAGGUCGCUCAGUUUUUAACGAUUUUGUGAUUUAACCUUUUAAAAGCUGAGUAAAUUGGUUUGACUCCUUUAAAACAAAAUGAAUGAAAAGGCAGUGAGCAAUUACAAGAAAAUUAAUAAAAGAUGGUGAGAAUACCUGAAAACUUUAAUAUACAUAUAUUUUCUAA